AGAAGGGGGGGGGACGGAGGCUGCAUGUGCACGGCGUCGCUCGCGGAUCUCCCAAGACCGAUCUCAGCAUCCUGCAGGCUCCGUCAAAAGCAGCGACGAAACAUCAGCCGCUGCCAGACAUGGAUGAAGGAAUCUCCCGCUUGCCGGAGAGGCAGCUGCUGGAGCAUAGAGAUUUUAUAGGGCUGGACUACCCUUCCCUCUAUCUGUGCAAACCCAAAAGAGGCGUGAAGAGGGACGAGAGCAAGGAAACGUACAAACUGCCACACAGACUGAUAGAAAAGAAGAGGCGAGACAGGAUUAACGAAUGCAUUGCCCAGCUGAAGGAUUUACUGCCUGAGCAUCUGAAAUUGACGACGUUGGGACACUUGGAGAAAGCGGUGGUGCUGGAAUUGACUUUGAAACACUUGAAAGCUCUCACAGCCUUAACGGAGCAGCAGCACCAGAAGAUAAUUGCUUUGCAGAAUGGGGAGCGGUCCAUGAAGUCUCCCGUGCAGGCCGACCUGGACGCCUUCCAUUCAGGGUUCCAGACGUGCGCCAAGGAAGUGCUGCAGUACCUUUCCCGCUUCGAGAGCUGGACCCCCCGUGAGCAAAGAUGCGCCCAGCUCCUCGGCCACCUGCACUCCAUCUCCUCGCAGUUCCUCCCCGGCCCUCAGCUCCUCUCCCCGCAGCCGGGCCCCCUCAGCAAGGGAUCCUCCUCUUCCUCCCCACCCGCCCCCCACUGCGCGCCGGGCCACAAACCGGAGGGCCAGGCUAACUGCGUGCCCGUCAUCCAGCGGACUCACGCAGCCGAGCUCAGCGCCGAGACCGACACGGACACGGACAGCGGCUACGGCGGGGAGGGCGAGGCGCGCCCCGAGCGUGGCCCCGCGGCGGCGGCGACCAGGGGGCCUCUGCCCGCUCUGUCCAUCAAGCAAGAACCCUCGGGGGACGAGGCGCCCCCCGCGCCCAAGCGUCUGAAGCUGGACCGCGGCGGCAGCCCUCUGCCCGUCCCGCCGGGGCUGGCAGCGCGGGGCGCCGAGGCGGCUGCAGCGUCGGCGCUGGUGAGACCCGAUGCCGCGCUGCUGGGCUCGCUGAUGGCCCUGGGUGCUGGAGGCGGCGGGGCCCCCUUCGGACAGCCGGCGGCGGCAGCCCCCUUCUGCCUACCCUUCUACUUCAUCUCCCCUUCCGCCGCCGCCUACAUGCAGCCCUUCCUGGAUAAAGGCAGCCUGGAAAAGUAUCUCUACCCCGCCGCCCCCAUCCCGCUCCUCUACCCGGGCAUCCCGGCUCAGGCAGCCGCAGCCGCCGCCGCCGCCGCCGCUGCCGCCUCCUUCCCCUGCCUUUCCUCCGUGCUCGGCCCCGCCGAGAAGGCGGCCGCUGCCGCUGCCGCUGCCAUGCCCCCAGCGCCCCACCUCCCGCACCCCUUCGCUGCCGCCGCCGAGCUCGGCGAGGAGGCCGAGCCCGGAGCCACCGAGGAACCCGGUGCCGAGGGCCCUUGAGCCGCAGCUGGCCGGGAGCCCCCGCGGGCUCCCCGCCGCCGCUGCCCUCCCCUCGGACUGGCCGCCCCGCAGCAGGGCGGGGUGGGGCCGUCGGACCGGUACCUGCGUCCCCGGUUUCCUACGGGGAGCGGGGCAACGAAUGCAAGGCGUCGCCGGCGUC